AUGAGCCCUGCAGCUGGCCCCAGCGUGACGCCUGAUGCAGAAGACAAGACUGUGAAACCAGUGUCAGAGGCUGGUUCAGAGGCGGCCGUGACUGCUGAAAUGAACGAGCUAUAUGUUUCCAACAGCGAAAUCGCAGCUGUAAUGCCAGGCGAAAACGAAGAUUUUGGCGAGCCGAUGGAGGCCCCUCCAUCCGAAUUUGCUUGCGCUUACUGUAACGUGGACUCUGCAAAAUGUGUGGUCAAGUGCAACACUUGCAACAAGUGGUUCUGCAACUCCAAAAACGGAACUUCGAGCUCCCAUAUUAUUAAUCAUUUGGUUUUAUCUCAUCAUAACACUGUUUCUCUUCAUCCUGAAUCAGACUUAGGUGAUACCGUUCUAGAAUGUUACAACUGUGGAUGCAAGAAUGUUUUCGUUUUAGGUUUUGUUUCUGCUAAAAGUGAAGCUGUUGUCGUCAUUCUUUGUCGUCUUCCUUGCGCACAAACAAAGACGGUAAGUUGGGACACUGACCAAUGGCAGUCUUUAAUUGAGAACCGCCAGUUUCUCUCUUGGGUUGCCGAAGAUCCUAGCGAUGAAGAAUUACUGCGCGCCAGAAUGAUUUCGCCAAGUCAGAUCUCUAAAUUGGAGGCAAAGUGGAGAUCUAAUAAGGAUGCAACAAUCAACGACAUUGAAGUUCCGGAUGAAAAGGAGGAGGUCCCGCACAUAUUGAUGAGAUACGCGGAUGCCUAUCAAUACCAGAGAUCUUUUGCUCCGCUUGUGAAGAUAGAGGCCGACUACGACAAACAAUUAAAAGAGUCCCAAGCAUUGGAGCACAUUUCAGUUUCUUGGUCACUCGGCCUCAGUAAUAGACAUCUGGCAUCGUUUGCACUAUCAACUUUUGAAUCAAAUGGACUAAAAGUUGCUGUAGGUGAUGAGAUGAUUUUGAGGUAUUCGGGCGUACAGCAUCCAGAAUGGGAAGGCCAUGGCUAUAUCGUCCGGUUGCCUAAUAGUUUUCAAGACCAACUAACGCUAGAGCUAAAACCUAGCAAAACUCCCCCUCCGACAAGCUUCAACACUGGUUUCACCGCUGAGUUCGUCUGGAAAGGAACUUCUUACGACCGAAUGCAAGAGGCGAUGAAGAAAUUUGCAGUUGUCAAAAAAUCCGUCUCGGGCUUUCUAUAUUAUAAAAUCUUAGGACAUGAAGUUCCAGAUCUCGAGUUUGACGUGAAUUUACCAGAGCAAUUCUCAAUUCCUCAUUUUACACAGCUCAAUGUUUCUCAAGCCAAUGCUAUUCGACAUGUUCUACAGCGCCCGCUGUCUUUGAUUCAGGGUCCUCCGGGGACUGGAAAAACAGUGACAUCUGCUACAAUUGUUUACCAUCUUUCGAAACUCCACAAGGAACGCAUUUUAGUAUGUGCUCCGUCAAAUGUGGCUGUUGAUCACCUGGCAGCUAAACUUCGUGACUUGGGCCUUAAAGUUGUUCGUUUAACUGCUAAAAGCAGAGAGGAUGUUGAGAGCUCUGUCUCCAACUUAGGUCUUCACAACUUAGUUUCAAGAUCGGCGAAAGGUGAGUUGAAAAAGCUUUUGAAACUUAAAGAAGAUGUCGGUGAACUGUCUCCAAGUGAUGCUAAAAAAUUUGUGAAACAAGUGCGGAAAUCCGAACUGGAAAUACUGAAGAAGGCAGACGUUGUUUGUUGCACAUGUGUUGGAGCUGGCGAUAAAAGGUUGGAGGCAAAGUUCAGGACUGUUUUGAUUGAUGAAAGUACGCAAGCGUCCGAACCCGAGUGUCUGAUUCCAAUUGUCAAAGGUGCUAAGCAGGUAGUUUUGGUUGGUGACCAUCAACAACUUGGCCCUGUCAUUCUCGACAGAAAGGCUGCAGAUGCCGGUCUGAAACAGUCUUUGUUUGAGAGGUUAAUCUCUCUUGGGCAUAUUCCAAUCCGCCUAGAAGUGCAAUAUCGUAUGAACCCCCACUUAAGUGAAUUUCCAAGCAAUAUGUUUUAUGAGGGCAGUUUACAGAAUGGUGUAACCAUUGAACAACGCAGUGUAACAAACAGUACAUUUCCAUGGCCUAUUCAUGAUCUUCCAAUGAUGUUUUGGUCCAACUAUGGCAGAGAGGAGAUAUCUGGUAAUGGCACAUCAUACCUAAACAGAAUUGAGGCUAUGAACUGUGAACGUGUCAUAACGAAGCUCUUUAAGGACGGUGUGAAACCUGACCAAAUAGGUGUUAUCACGCCGUAUGAAGGACAAAGAGCAUAUAUUGUCCAGUACAUGCAAAUGAAUGGUUCCAUGGACAAGGAGCUUUACAUGAAUGUUGAGGUAGCAUCUGUUGAUGCUUUUCAAGGUCGCGAGAAGGAUUAUAUCAUUUUAUCAUGUGUUCGUGCUAACGAACAGCAAGCAAUAGGUUUUUUGAGUGACCCCAGACGUUUAAAUGUUGCACUCACCCGUUCAAAGUAUGGACUUGUCAUCCUGGGCAAUCCUAGAUCCUUAUCCAGAAACAGCUUAUGGAGUCACUUGCUUGUUUACUUCAGAGAAAAAGGUUGUCUAGUGGAAGGCGCCCUCGGUAAUCUUCAAUUAUGCACAGUUCAGCUUACAAAAUCCAGGAAUGUGCGCCCAUCUCAGAAGACAAACUUCAGUAAAAUGGAAUUCAGUCAUGGGGCUGAAAUGGGGCAAACAAAUUUUAAUGAUUUCGACACUCAAAGUCUAAUGUCUUACGGCGGCAUUGAUACCUUUGGGAUGGCAGGAAAUAGCAAUUUGAAUGCGCUAUUCAACAAUUUCCAUCCUUUUGGUCAACAUCCGCAACAGCUUAAUACUGCAGACACUAACACUUUUGACGGAUACUUAAAAUUCGAUUCAAGCUUAGCCAGAGGCCUCCAAGCCUAUGGAGGUUCCGCCUCGAAAUAUGAAGGCGCAGUCAAAGGGAAUGGGGACAGCAGGAAAGUCCCAGAUGAUGCCGUUCGAGAGCUCAACGUUUAG